AUUUCGUUGUCUUUGUUCGCAUCUGUUCCUAUCAAUCGCAGAUAAUCCACACACCCUCUCUUAGAUUUCUCAUCAUCGUUUCCUAACGAAUCAGACUCUUACCACUCCACUCUUAAUCAUCGGACUUCUCGAUGGAUCUCUGCACCCUUGACUCGGCGAUCCGAAACCCAAUCUUCUCCUCAUCGAUCCCUGACAAGUCAUCGCUCUCAAGGAAACUCGGCGCCUUGGAGAUUAGGUUUCAAAAGCGUAAACUUUCUACUUCUGGGUAUCGUUCUUUGGUUGUUCGAGCUGCCUCGAACAAGAGUAACGACGAUUCUUCUGCUUCUGGAGGAGAUGCUUCUCAAGAAAACAAGCCUUCUAAUGGGAACAAAUCAGGUGACUCCUCUUCUACUCCAAAGCCAUUUGGUCUUAAUACGGAUUGGAGAGAGUUCAGAGCAAACUUGUUUAUGAAGGAGCAGGAAGAAAAAGCAGCAGGUGAGGGUCACAAACCAGACACAACAUCUCCUCCUGAAGCUGAACCAAGAGGACUGAAAUGGGCACAUCCGAUUCCUUUCCCUGAGACUGGCUGUGUUCUAGUUGCCACGGAGAAGCUUGACGGUUAUAGAACAUUUGCGAGAACCGUUUUGCUUCUUCUUAGAGCAGGAACCAACCACCCACAAGAAGGGCCAUUCGGAGUUGUCAUCAACCGUCCGCUUCACAAAAACAUCAAGCACAUGAAAUCAACUAAAACCGAGCUCGCUACCACCUUCUCAGAGUGUUCCUUGUACUUUGGUGGGCCUCUUGAAGCCAGCAUGUUCCUGUUGAAAACCGCGGAUAAAACCAAGAUACCUGGGCUUGAAGAAGUCAUGCCAGGGCUUAACUUUGGUGCUCGAAACACUUUGGACGAAGCUGCGGUACUUGUAAAGAAAGGAAUGCUUGAGCCACAGGACUUUAGAUUCUUUGUUGGUUACGCAGGUUGGCAACUGGAUCAGCUCAGAGAAGAGAUCGAAUCAGAUUACUGGCAUGUCGCUGCGUGCAGCUCGGAGUUAAUAUGUGGAGCUUCACCGGAAAACUUGUGGGAAGAGAUAUUGCAGUUGAUGGGCGGUCAAUACUCAGAGCUUAGCCGGAAACCCAAGCUGGAUAUGUAGUACUAUGUUUUGAAGAUGAUUGCCUAGUUUCUAAGGCUUUUUUAAAGCCAAAUGUAUAGCUUUACUUCACUGUCUUGUAUUUGAGAAUAAAGAACUUCUAUAGUUAAUAUUAUAUGCUAUUUAAAAAGGUUUGCUUUCUGAAAA